AUGGGGAAGCUAGCCGAGGACAUUCGCAAUUCUAGACCUGCUGAGCUGAACCUACUCCUCAACAGCAUCUACAUGAAAUUUGCACCUGUUACCACGACAAAAACCAAGUGCAUUACCAAUCUGAGAACGUUCAUCGAGAAGCAGAGAUUACGCUGUCUUACUGACACUGACGAUAUCUCCUACUUCGGGUACGCCAUGAUCGAUGUAUACAACAAGAGCAAAGAGACCAGGCGAGGAAACAAAAAGGAGGAGACACGAAAGGUCAUGCAACAUAGAACGUUCAAGAGACUGCUUCGCGACGAAGAUACAACGCCAUACCACGCGAUUUGUGUAAAACUGAAGAAAGCCAUCGAUCGUCAAAAGCAACUGAUCAAGGAGUACUUGGAGGAGAAGAUUGAGUCGUUGUUCCAGGCCAUCGGUGAUGAUCUGAAGCGAUUGGGAGUGGAGCAGGCGAGCCUGGACCACCGCGAAGACCGCGAGGUUCGCGAGUCGAUUGGCAGGACGCUUUCGAAGGCCAAGGAAGAUCUUGGGACGAUUGAGGCGUUGUUGAAGGAGAGCGGCGUUGAUUGCGAUGGUAUCAAGGAUCAGUUGACGUGA